GUCCCUUGGCGUCCUUAUGGCUCAGAGAAGGUCCCGCAGGAGGGGCUGCCCUCCCAGGGCCCCGCGUGUCUGUGUCUCCGUGGCCUGGAGCGUGGAGUGCUGGCCAGGGUGGAUCCCCACCCCUGCAGUCAGUCGGGCCUCCAGAACCUCGCGCCCAACCCAGCUGUGACAGGUGAAGGGACCAGGGCUCCUCCACCGUCCCCGCACAACUCUCUGCUGGCUCCUCAAACUGCCCAGGGAGUCAGACCCAGGGAAGGGAAAGGGGGGGCUUUGACCGGGGGCUGUGCGGCCCCCUCGGGUGGGACCCAAGGCCCCUGCCUCCCCAAGGUGCUCCCGGCCCCAGCUCCUGACAGCAGAGCCCGUGGACUCAUGGCCUCAAGACUUCUCCUGGUGCUCGCCCUCUGGGUGGGCUGCUCACCCUGCAGCGGGAGAAAAGCAGCCCCCACCCAGCCCAGGGUGCGGUGCCGGGCCUCUAGGUACCCAAUUGCCGUGGAUUGCUCCUGGACCCUGCUGCCCACUGCACGCUCCGCCAAGCCCACGUCCUUCAUUGCCUCGUACAGGCUCGGUGUGGCUGCCCAUGGGGAGAGCAGACCCUGCCUCCAGCUGACCCCUGAGGCCACCAGCUGCACCAUCCCAGACGUCCAGCUGUUCUCCAUGGUGCCUUAUAUACUCAACGUCACAGCGGUCCAGCCCUGGGGCAGCAGCAGCAGCUUCGUGCCCUUUGUUCCCGAGCAUAUCAUCAAACCAGACCCUCCCGAAGGCGUCCGCCUGAGCCCCCUCCCUGGACAGCGGCUGUGGGUGCAGUGGGAACCCCCCCGGUCCUGGCCCUUCCCAGAGAUCUUCUCACUCAAGUACUGGAUCCGAUACAAGCAUCACAGGUCCGCCCGCUUCCGCCAGGUGGGGCCUAUUGAAGCCACAUCCUUCACCCUCAGGGCUGUGAGGCCCCAAGCCAGGUACUGCAUCCAGGUGGCUGCUCAGGACCUCACCGACUAUGGGGAAGCAAGUGACUGGAGUCCCCCUGCCGCUGCCUCCAAGCCCAUGGGCAAAUAGUGGGGCUUCCCAGCCCCCCCCCCGCCCAGAAGAGGGGCUGGGUCCUUGACAUCCGCCCCCCACUGCCACCCACUCAAGGACGGAUGGGACCCAUCCGGCUUGGGUUCGCUGCUGCUGAGUUGCUGCGCAACAUUGGACAAGUGACUUUGCCUUUCUUUCUUUUUUUUUUUUUAAAGAUUUUAUUUAUUUAUUUGACAGAGAGAGAGAGAGAUAGUGAGAGCAGGAACACAAGCAGGGGGGAGUGGGAGAGGGAGAAGCAGGCCUCCC